UUUCUAGACCGGCUCGGCCUCCGACUGCGAACAGGUGAAAUAAAAAGGCGCCUUUUUACACGAGGCGAUUUUACGUCCUCUUUACGGUUUAUUUGAGGUUAAAACAAGUGCAUUUGUUGAUAAUGCGCUGUGGUGGGCAAUGAACAGCUCCCGAGCGAUGCGCAAUGGCUGUGCGACAGUACUUGUCAUGACGAGAGGCGGGACCAGAGGAUUCAGUUCUUUACAGAAUACCGAGUGCUUAGAGCGUUCAAUAAGAGGCUUGGGUGGUUGUGGAAGAUAUAAGACCUCUCUGUCGGGGUCUUGUUCGCCGCAAUGGGCGCUGCAUCAUAGAAGAAGAAAUCACACAACAGCUACUGCACCAACAUGGCAUACAUCCCCAGCCAAACCUCCAACCGUGCAUCCGACGAAACAAGUCCCUCUCCCCGAACAACUCCGCUCCAUCAUGCGGCUUCUUCCCCACAGCGUCGUUGUCUGUACAUCAAAUCAGCCCGGCGAUGGCCCUCGUGCCAUGACAAUGUCAUCUUUCACAUCAUUAACACUCGCACCUACACCUCUCGUCACAUUCAACAUUGCCACGCCGAGCAGAACACUAGAUGCUAUAAGAGCAAGUGGUGGAUUCAACGUACACGUGCUAUCGGGGGAUGAGCGGGGUGCAAAUGUUGCGAGUCACUUUACAAAAGGCAAUGUUGGGGGGAAUGCAUUCAAAGGACUGGCUUAUUCCCAAGAAGACGAUGAAGCACCCGUACUAAGAGAGGACGGCGUCAUGUUUGCCCUUCGGUGUAGGGUACUCAAAGAUGCGCCAGAGGGGGGGCUCUUGAGAGUACGAGAUCAUGUCAUUGUGGUGGGGGAGGUUGUAGAGAUGGUGAGGGUAGGAGAAGAGGAGGAUGAGGAGUUUGGACUUGUGUAUGCGGAUAGAAGGUAUAGAGAGGUUGGAGUGGUGUUGGAGAUGUAAGUGAGCGGGAUUGUAUCAAAAGCUGGCUAGAGUGUAUAGUACCCUGUAUAACAUGGGAAUUCAAGGUUUGGCGGAGAGCACGGAGUUACCGUGUUUCUCGAAGAUUCAUGAUCAAUGAUAAAAGAUUACGGAUAUUCUGGAAUAGAAACAAACGAUUUUGUGCUGUAGGAUUGCGUGU